AUGGCUUCUGUUAUUAGUGAGCUUGAAGAAAUAGCAACAACAGUUAAUGAGGCAGAACCUGUUGAUGAGAAAGAAGUAGAUGAAAAAGAGGUUGGCGAGAAUAUCUUUAGCGACACCAGACCGGUGAAAACUAGACUUUGGGAGAUACGUAAUUCUUACAAGUAUCUAAUGAUUGUCUAUAUAUCCGCUAUUGGUAUUGGUAUAGAUUCCCUUCUUUUCAGUUUAUUAUUGGGUAUGGAAUCUUUCAGAAAAGCCUAUGGUUACUACGAUGAAGCCACAAGCGGAUGGGUCAUCAGAGCAAAAUACCAGUCUGGUUGGAAUGGUGGUUCUUUUGGCUGUCAGGUUUUGGGUGCCUUCUUUGCAGGUUGGUACAAUGAUAAGUUUGGAAGAAAAAGUUCUUUGGCUAUUUCUUGCAUUAUAACUAUUAUUGGUAACACUGUUGCUAUAACCGCUCCGGUCGGUCACCCUAUCAAUUUGGUCAUGGCAAAAUGUGUUAUCGGAAUUGGUAUCGGUAUUCUUGUUUCAACUUGUCCAGUUUACUUGUCCGAAUUGAUGUCGCCAACCUUGAGAGGUAUUGGUUCCAUGGGAAUCAACUUCUCCAUUUGCUUUGGUCAGUGGAUUGGAUCGCUAAUUUAUUUCGGCUGUUCGAAGAAUUAUACGGGCAUUGACGAUUCAACAGGCUACAAAAUUGCCUUUGGAAUUCAAUAUUUGUUAGUUGGAGGAUAUCUCCUUUUGUUCUGGUUUAUGCCGGAAUCCCCAUCAUAUUUGAUUCACCGCGGUAAGUUGGAAGAGGCAAAAGCCGCCAUUAAGAAGCUCUAUCACAACAAGAAUAAUACUGAAUACGACAUUGACUCACAUUACGAGAUUCUCAUUAAGGAAGUUGAAGAAGAAAAAUGA